CUAUCUUUCACGUCAUGCUUUAUUCCUCGUCACUUCUUUUCUGCUGAAUAUCAAUUAGAGAAGGCAUAGGCACUGUUUCUUAAUCAUCAUUAGUUGAUUCAUUCCAACUUCACAGAUAUUAAGUUAUUAACUGAACUUUUUGUAGAAUGAAGAUUUUUGCAGCUGAGGUUGAGGAAGGAAGAGAAGGCAUAAAUGGAAAGCCGUGUGUUGGUCCGGUGUACCGCAGCCUCCUCUCCAAAAAUGGAUUCCCUCCAAUUGAUCCUGAUUUGUGCACAGCUUGGGAUAUUUUCAGCAUGUCUGUCAGAAAGUACCCUCAGAAUCGAAUGCUGGGGUGGCGAAAAUUUGUUGAUGGAAAGGUAGGACCAUAUGUUUGGAACACAUACAAGGAAGUUUAUGAUCAAGUUCUGCAUAUUGGUUCUGCUUUAAGAGCCUGUGGUGCUGAACCUGGGUCCAAAAUUGGAGUUUAUGGAUCUAAUUGCCCUCAAUGGAUUGUGUCAAUGGAGGCUUGUUGUGCACACAGCUUGGUUUGUGUGCCUUUCUAUGACACACUUGGGACUGGUGCUGUAAAUUUUAUCAUAGAUCAUGGAGAAGUAGAUUUUGCCUUUGUCCAAGACAAGAAGGUUAAAGAACUUUUGAAUCCUGAAUGUAAAUCGGCUCAACGGCUGAAAGCAAUAGUGUGCUUCACUUCAUUAACUGAGGAAGAGAAACAUAAGGCAACCAGCAUGGGAAUCAAGCCAUAUUCAUGGGAAGAGUUCUUGAACAUGGGCAAAGAAAAACCAUCAAGUAUUGAGCCACCUCAGGCUCAGACAAUCUGCACAAUAAUGUAUACAAGUGGAACCAGUGGAGACCCUAAGGGUGUUGUUUUAACCCAUGAAAACAUAUCAGCUUUGGUUAAAGGACUAGAUAUUUUCAUGGAACAAUUUGAAGAAAAGAUGACUGCGGAAGAUGUGUAUCUAUCCUUCCUCCCUUUGGCUCAUAGCCUUGAUCGCACGGUUGAGGAGUUCGUUUUCCAUAAGGGUGCAUCUGUUGGUUACUACCAUGGGGAUGUAAAAGCAUUGAGUGAUGAUUUAAUGGAGUUGAAGCCAACAUUGUUUGUUGGGGUCCCUCGAGUUUUCGAAAAGAUCCAUGAAGGCAUUAAGAAAGCAGUAGAAGAACUCAGUCCACUGAGGAGAAAAGUUUUUGAAACGCUCUACAAAUACAAACUCGGUUGGAUGAACAAAGGAUAUAAACAAAGAAAGGCAUCACCUCUGGCAGAUCUAUUAGCCUUUAGAAAGGUCAAAGCUCGGCUAGGUGGGCGCAUUCGACUAAUAGUAUCUGGUGGUGCACCCUUGAGCCCUGAGGUUGAAGAGUUCUUGCGUGUUACUACUUGUUCCUUUGUAUGUCAAGGCUAUGGUUUAACUGAAACUUGUGGUUCAACUACUCUGGCCUUUCCUGAUGAGAUAUGCAUGGUUGGAACUGUUGGUCCUGUUUCUGUGUACAAUGAAGUGCAGCUUGAGGAGGUUCCAGAGAUGGGUUACAACCCUCUUGGAAAUCCUCCAUGUGGUGAGAUAUGUUUGAGAGGGAAAACCGUCUUCACCAGCUACUACAAGAACCCUGAGUUAACAAGAGAAGCCAUAAAAGAUGGAUGGUUUCACACUGGAGACAUAGGAGAAUUGCUACCUAAUGGUGUUCUUAAGGUCAUUGAUAGGAAGAAGAAUCUCAUCAAACUCUCUCAAGGAGAGUAUAUAGCACUGGAGCAUUUGGAAAAUAUCUAUGCUGUUACUCCAAUAAUAGAAGAUGUGUGGGUUUAUGGGAAUAGCUUCAACUCAGUACUGGUUGCUGUGGUAGUUCCAAAUCAACAAGUUACUGAAAAAUGGGCCUAUUCAAAUGGCCACAUGGCUCCUUUCUCUCAACUAUGUUCCCUUCCCCAAUUGAUGAAUCAUGUCCUAUCAGAGCUCAAGCUCACUGCCGACAGAAACAAGUUGAAGGGCUUUGAAAAUGUAAAAGGGGUGAUAUUAGAGCCUCAUCCAUUUGAUAUGGGAAGAGACUUGGUGACAGCAACAAUGAAGAAGAGAAGAAACAAUAUGCUCAAGUAUUAUCAGGUAAUCCUAGUGGCAAUUGACCAAGUAUACAGAAAUUUGAAUGGAGGCAAAGCAUAAAAUUUGAGGAUCCAUGCCGACGUUCAAUUGUUCCCGAUCUCUAAGUCCUGUUAAGGUUGUACUAUAAAUAUAUCUAAGCAUGUGUGGAGAACAAGGAACCGAAUUUUCAGUGUAUAUAUUAAAACAAGAAGUAAGAACACAAUAUGAAUGAGGGCUUUGUCUUAGGUGGGAAAAGGUAUAUUAAGGAUCUUGGUGGUCCAAAUAAAAAAAAUUAAAAAAUAACAUAGUAAAUUACUUAAGUACCAUCAUCUUUUUUCUCUUGUUUUUCUUCAUAAUAAU